CUCACACACACUCUCACACACCCAUUGGCUACUACUGUGCCGCGCACUCACCUGCUUCGGUCCCUACGAGUGAAGGAGACAGGAUGUGGCUGGAUGAGCGGCUCCUUGCGCUCUUCCGAAGAAAUUUUCAGUCAACGUUAACUUAUUGGAGCGUGUUUUUCAGCUUCGGCUUGUGCAUCGCCUUCUUGGGUCCCACACUACUGGACCUAAGGUGCCAGACACACAGCAGCCUGCAAGACAUCACAUGGGUGUUUUUCGCCCAGCAGUUCUGCCUACUGGUGGGGAGUACCCUGGGGGGUGUCUUCAAGAGAACGGUGAAACAGUCUUUGUUCCUGCUGUUCCUGUCCUCUCUGACCAUCUCGGUGGUGUUUGUUAUUAUUCCAUUCUGUGAUCAUGUUGGGGUGCUGGCGCUGGUUAUGGCAAUAGCUGGUCUGGCCAUGGGCUGCAUAGAUACAAUAUCUAAUAUGCAGCUAGUUAAGAUUUAUCAACAGGACUCGGCUAUCUUCCUGCAGGUUCUCCAUUUCUUUGUUGGAUUUGGGGCACUAUUAAGUCCUCUAAUAGCAGAUCCUUUUCUCUCUGAUACCAACUGCAUCCAAUCAAAUGCCACCCAGAAUGGGAGCCGCAACUUAGAGCACAUCAGAAACUCUUUAGUACCUCAUCACCCUAGGAAUGUUUCCCAUUAUGUUCUUCCACUUCAGGGGGCCUUGGUUACACAAGUAUCAUAUGCAUUCUGGAUUAUGGCUGCCAUCAAUCUUCCAGUGCCCGUUGCAGUUUUUUACCUAAUAUACAAGAAAGGCAUGGUUCCAGGAUGUCACAUACAAAAUGGUGGCCUAUUAUCAGCAGAUGAGCUGGCCAUGGAAAUGCAUAAGGAAAAUGACUCCCAAAAAAUAGAAGCACAUGAGGAGCAUGGUCAUGCUGUAUCAUUACUUUGCUGCCAGAACAAAAAGAUUUGGAAUGCUCCCUUCACUUUUUUUGCUAUUCACAUGUGUGCAGCUGUAACUCUCUUCAUGACAGAUGGGAUAGUGGGGGAAUACUCUGGAUUUGUGUAUAGUUAUGCUGUAGAGCAGCCACUUAAUCUAGCUCAUAAAACAGCCGGAUACCUACCUAGUCUCUUCUGGGCUUUCAUCACCUUAGGAAGAUUGAUUUCCAUCCCAGUGUCUUACAAAAUGGCUCCACGGUCCAUGUUAUUUAUCAACCUGAUUGGAGUCACUGCCACAUUUUUGUUCUUGCUGUUGUCACAAAAUAGCACAACUGGAAUGUUUGUAGGAACAGCUUUACUUGGUCUUUGGCUCAGCAGUGUGUUUCCCAGCAUGUUGGCUUAUACAGAAGACAUCUUAAAUUAUAAAGGUUGUGCUACCACAGUCCUUGUCACUGGAGCUGGAAUGGGAGAAAUGGUACUUCAAAUAUUAGUCGGAUCGGUAAUGCAGACACAGGGCAGCUACAGUUUCCUAGUGUGUGGAAUCUGUUUGUCUUCACUGGCAUUCACACUCUAUGCUGUUCUUCUUGUAGUAGACAGUUUGCACAACAGGGCGUCAGAAGAUUCUGCAUGCAAACCCCCAGGACUUGAUGGAGAGGCUACUUCAUAUCAGAGCUAAUGCCUAGUACUAAAUUGACUUAUUGCUUCUGUCACCUCCCUCCAUACCAAAGACCUAAUAUGGACAAUGCCUUGCAAAUGUUAUUACCCAAUGUGGGACAAACAAAUUUGUGUGUAAAGAAGUGCACCAAAUGGACUUAAAAAGUGUUCCAAAAAAUGUUUAAUCAAAAAGUAAGGGUAAUAUAUUAAUAUAUGUGACCUUAAGCAACCAAUCAGCUGCUAGCCCUGAGGCUAUUCAAAUCACUGUAUCAUAUUUGUUGCAAUACCAUGUUGAGCCAGCAAGAUAGCCCUGUAUAGCAGAUUUAAUUGUAGGUAUAUCAAAAAGUAGAUGAGAAUGUUUUAGAGGUUUAAAAUUCUACCCAUAUUUAGAGGUUUUCUAACUGGCAUAAUGGAAUAUGCAUUGUACUAGUAGCUGCACUGCUUAGAAAUGGCAUAGUACUGACACUGAUUCACAUUUCAGAGCAUAAUGCAAUGUAUUGUGAAUCAGCCUGACGAUAACACUGCCAGAACGCAGAGCUCUAGGAGCAUGUGAAUACUCGGCUCACUGCUUAUAUGUCUGUAAGUCACGGAGAGGGUCAUUUCUGGCUUGUCCUGCACUUGUACUUAAACAGUUUAAACCCUUUUUUAUGUAAAUUUGCAUACUGUAAUUAAGUUAAUAUACAGAAGGAGUCGGACCUUCCCUUGUUCUACUUAUGUGCCAAGCAUUAAAUUAAUAUUAAUGGAGAUGUCUCAUUACAAUGGCACAUUAUUGUAAAUUGCAUCCUAUGGGCCAUCUGUGCUUAAAAAGUUUGCCCCACUUGCAACAUGUGGUAGUUUCCAAUGAAAGUUCUGAUUUUGUCUUAUAAAGUACAAAUGAAGCUAAACCAAAAAUUUACCUUUUACACUAUUGUUUCAGAAAUGUAUAGUUUAAAUAAAAACAUGAACAAGUUAUUUCACUAA